AUGACAGACUUCAGUAAUUGGAGUUGUGAAUAUCAUACUACAUUUGAUGAGAUUGUCCGUAUUGAGAAUAAGUUCAAAGAACAUUUGAAAGUGGACAAGAGGACUAGACGAAGACUACUAGAAUGUUGUUCAAAGGAUUUUGAAAUUUUAAAGUUUAAAGGACUACAUGGUAUCCCUUGUUAUCAAAUAGAAAAAAUUAACGUUAAUAUAGAGAUAAUAAGUUUAAAUGGUUUAAAUACAAAUAAUAAUGGAAGACUAACGGAGAAAUGGAAUCCCGAUAGAAUUGGAAAUUUCGAUUUUGCGUCAUAUAAUAAAAGGGAGAAAUUAUUAAUUGAUAAAGAAACAAAAGUUUUACUAAGUUGGAUUUCUGGCUUGAAAUUAGAAAAUGAAGACAUCAUGGAAUUCCCAAAUCCAUUAAUAAAAAUAAAUUCUGAAUUCAAUUCAUAUAUUAUUGAAACGUGUAAUUUUUGUUAUUUAACAAAAGAGCUACUGGUUUAUUCUCCGAAGUCAAGCCUUGAUGAACUAAUGCCAAAUGAUUUAAAUAAGAAUUUCGAAAAGCUAGAGAAUGAAAAAAUCAUUCAAUGUGAAUUAAACUUCAAUCAACAUUAUUCUUCAGAAAUCUUACCGUUUUUGGAAUUUAAACCCUACAGAACUAUAUUGUUUCUUAAUAACUUUUUAAUUGAAGUUAAUAUGAAUGGUAUUUCAAGUCAAAAUAUACCAGAGAAAACAAAAAGAGAAUUUAUUAAUUGGAAUUAUGAAAACCAAUCAGAAAUAAAUACUUCUUGGGAUAUUAAUUUAUGGUCAAAAGUUUUUGAUGAGGAUUAUAAUGAGAUUGAAUUUCUGAAAUUAAAGACCCCCAAUGAAAUAAUAACUGAAGACGUAAUAGAAAAUUUCAAAUCAUAUAAUUCGAAAAGGUUCAAAGUAUAUUGGAAAUUAGAUAAAAAUGAAACCAAAAAAUUGGAAUGGAAUCCAAUAAAAUCUUAUAUAUCUAAAAAUUUAACUACAAAGAUAUUGCUGAAUGAAAAAUUGACCAAACAGAAUGAAUAUACGAUUAAAAAACCAGAAUUGAAUUUUAAGAAAAUCUUAUACAAUAUAAUUGAUUUGAUUGAUAUUGAAAAUGGUACUUUUGGUUCAUUAAACUUAGUACUAAACAACAAAAUAGAAAAUAGUUUUCAAGAUCCACUAACAAAAAAUGAUGAAUCUUCUUCCAUAAAUGUAGAAAAAGAAAUAUCAGAAUCGACUUUACAAAUAAAUACAUCAAUGAUACCACACAAAAGAUCUUAUAUAGAUGAAGAGUUAAAAUCGAUUUUAGAGAUUAAGCGAAAAAAGAAAAAUCUGAACGACAGAAAUCUAAAAGAUUCAGAAGACAAAACUGGUUCAAUUUUAAGUUUUAUAAACCAAGGAAUUAUUACAAAUAUACCCAGAGAUACUGUACUCUCAGAUAGACAAAUAGUUUCUGAUCAAACAAUUACUGAAUCAAAUCAGUUACCAAAAUUUGGCUUGAAGAUAAAAUUUAAUUGUAAAGAGAUAGCCGGAAAGACAGUUAUAUUAAAUGGUAAAAAAAUAAGGGAAAAUCAUAAGAUAAAAAAUAUCCUUGAAAACAAAAGUCAAAUUAAAAUUCUGGAAAAAGAAUUGAGCUAUGAUUGUGACUUCAUUUUAAAUGCAACAACUUGUCUUGUUAGAAUCAAACUAGAUAAUUUUUUCCAAAUUUCCAAGAAUGGUUAUUUAUUUUACCAAAAGAAAUUAAUGGAUCUAACUACUGAAUUUAAGAGGGUAUUAGUAUUAGUCGAAUACUCAAGCAUUAUUGAAAGCACUGAUAAGGAUAUUUUUUGGAAACUUCAUCUAUAUUUGAAAAACUAUCAAUUUUAUACUUAUAUUAUACCUUCAAAUAUUGAGGAAAUCGCAAGAAAAAUAUCUUUAUUGAUAUCCAGAUAUUCAUCAAAGUAUAAUGACAAUGAGUUAGAUUGCAAUAGUUCUGAGGAACAAAUAUUACAAUCAUUAAAUUUCAAUAUUUUCUUAGUCAAAGAUAUCUUAAAAAAAUUUACCUUAUUUGAUUUUUUGAAAGGAUUAACUCUGAAUUGUGAUAAUAGGAACCAAAAUAUCUUGACAAAACAGCAACUAGCAAGAAUCAAAACGUUGCUGACACUAGAGUGGUAA